AUGGCGGCGACAACCGUCACCACCUCGUCCUUCCACCACCCCCAUCCUCAUCGCCAAUCCUUCAGCGGCGUCAACCCUGCCCAACCCUCUGCCAGCAGCGCCUCCAUCUCUUCUGCUCCCUUCGAUCGCGCCGACCCUCACUCUGCAGCCAUGCAUUCCGCAUCCCAACAGUCGCAGCCCUCCUCCCAGCAGUCCUUCUCCAUGAGCCAGCCUUCGUCGCAACAGGCCAUGGCCAGCCAGGCGUAUAGCCAGUUCUCUGCCGGAGGCCCCAAUGGCAGCAUAAAUGACGGUUCAAACCAGCAGCACAUCAUCUAUUCGGCUGUCUACUCGGGUACCGAUGUGUACGAGAUGGAAGUCAACAAUGUCGCUGUCAUGCGCCGGCGGAACGACUCAUGGCUCAACGCGACUCAAAUCCUCAAGGUUGCGGGCGUCGACAAGGGCAAGCGAACCAAGAUCCUGGAAAAGGAAAUUCAAACGGGUGAGCAUGAGAAGGUCCAGGGCGGAUACGGAAAGUACCAGGGCACUUGGAUCAACUACAACCGCGCUGUCGAAGUCUGCCGCCAGUACGGCGUCGAGGAUCUGCUGCGCCCGCUCCUCACCUACGACAUGGGCCAGGACGGAGGCAUCGCCGGCCGGGGCGACUUCAACACCCCCACCAAGGAGCAAGCCAUGGCUGCGCAAAGGAAACGCAUGUACAAUGCAAACAACGAGAACCGCGCCAACCCUGGCUCCGGCACCUUCUUCCGCGGCAUCUCCAACACGGCUCCCAGUGUGGUCGGUAUCAUAAGCAAGGCGAGGUUCGACUCACCCGGCGCCCGGAACCGCACCUCCUCCCAGAGCCAGAACCGCAACGGCCUCCCCCGCGCCCCAAGCUUCAACCGCCAGUCCUCGAUGCAGAGCAUGGACGACUUCCCUACCAACUCGCAGCAGAGCUUCGCCUCUGACUACGGCCACAACGUCGAUUCAGCCUACUCCACCCAGCAGAAUACCCAGCAGUUCAACGGCGACGGCACGGAACCCCCCCGGAAACGACAGCGCGUCACCGUGACUCCUGCUGACAGCUUCGGCUACAACCCCAACAUGGAUAUGUAUGCUAAUACCUUCCCGGGCUCGCCCACCGAGCCCAACGAGUCCUUCAUCUAUUCCCAGGCUGGCAUCGACGUCCACCCUGUCCCCCAAGACAACUUUGGACCCCUCCCCCCCCUCCCCCCUCUGGAUACCCCGGACGGAGAGCAGAAGCGCUCUACGCUCAUGGGUCUGUUCAUGGACGCCGACUCGUCUGACACGUCGCGAUAUAAUGUCCUCAAGACUCUAACGCCCCAGGAGCUCGACAUGCCCAUCGACCACCAAAGACAUACCGUCCUUCACUGGGCCGCUACCCUUGCACGCAUGCCCUUCGUUCAAGCCCUCAUUGCUGCCGGCUCGAGCCCGUUCCGGGUCAACGCUGCGGGCGAGACAGCCUUGAUGAGGGCCUGUAUCGUCACCAACUCUCACGAUCACAGCUCCAUGCCCGAGCUCCUCGACAUGCUCGGCAGCACCAUCGAGCUGCGCGAUGCCAAGGGACGCACUGUCCUGCACCACAUCGCCAUCACCAGCUCUGUCAAUGGGCGCAGUGCCGCCAGCCGUUACUACCUGCAGUCCUUGCUUGAGUGGGUGGUGAGGCAAGGCAGCAGCGCGCCCAGCAGCCAGAAUGCCCAGGUCAACGGACAGAUACCGUCGAGUCAGGCCCCGCUUGGCCUCGCUCGCUUCAUGAACGAGGUCGUCAAUGUGCAAGACGAAAACGGCGACACCGCCCUCAUCAUCGCCGCCAAGAUCGGGAACCGGAGUAUCAUCUCCCAGCUGCUCGAGGUCUGCGCGGAUCCCACUAUAGCCAACCGCCAGGGGCUGCGACCUCUGGACUUUGGCGUCGGCCUGGAAGUUACCGGCGGGGGUGCUGAGGGCGAGAAUAGCGAGGCUGACAAGAACGGCAUUGUUGGCAGCAGCCAAAAGAGCCGCGAGAGCAGCGAUGAUAUCAUCACCUCCAUCACGCACCUCCUCAACGAGACGGCAGCCACGUUCCAGACGGAGAUGAAGUCGAAGCAACAGUCCGUCGACGGUCUCCACGCCUCCCUGCGUACCACGUCGGCCCAGCUCGGCGACGCACGCCGCACCCUCGAGGCGAUGCAGGGCAAGGUCAAGAGCCAGCACCUGUCGCGCCAAAGGGUCAUGAACCUAGGCCGCGCGCGCGAGGACGAGCAGUUCCGCCUCUCGCAGCUGCAGCAGACGCACGGCCUGCUCGACGUCAACGGCGCCGCCGAGUGGGAGACGGAGGCAGAGACUGCGGCGCUACAGCUACAGUCGGCAUCGUCGUCGGCCACGGGCCCGGAGCUGCCGGCGGCGGCAGUCAUGCGGGCGCGCGUGGCGGCGCUCAAGGCUAGGACCGAGGACACGCGGCACACCGAGGCCGCUCUCAGGGCGGGCAGCCGUGAGGUGGAGCUCAAGUACCGCCGGCUCGUCGCGCUGGCCUCGCGGUGCGGUGACGGCGACGUCGACGCGCAUAUCGAGGGCCUCGUGCGGGCCGUCGAGAGCGAGAAGGGCGAGCUCGAGAUUGGUCGGGUCAGGCGCUUCCUGGGCGGUGUCGAGGGCGUUGUCAGCUGA